AUGAGCACCCCUGCAUACAUCUUCAAGUUUAUCAUUGUUGGCAAUUCUGCUGUUGGCAAGAGCUGCAUGCUGCUCAGAUUCGACGAAGACCGCUUUCAGCCAAUUCACGAUGUUACUGUAGGUGUGACUUUCUCAAUCAAAAUGGUUUCGAUUGAGGGACAAGAUGUCAAAGUCCAGGUCUGGGAUACAGCCGGACAAGAAAUUUUCAGAUCGAUUACAAGAUCUUACUAUAGAGAUAGUGCUUGCGCUAUAAUCGUAUACGAUAUUACAGACCAAAGUUCAUUCGCUAAAGUCGAGGACUGGAUUCGUGAUGUAAGAAAUCUUGCACCACCGGACUGCUUACUUGCUUUAGUUGGUAAUAAAUUAGAUUUAGCAGCUCAACGUGCUGUCCAGACAUCUGAGGGACAAGAGUUAGCAGAAAAACACAAUCUUUUAUUCUUUGAAACUUCUGCUGCUACUGGAGAAAAUGUACAGGAGCUUUUCAACGAAUGCGUAACAAAUGUUUAUACAAAGGCCAAGGGCAAUAACUCAUCUGCUGCUGUUAGGAAAGUAUCAAUCGAAAAUGAAAAUCAAAAGCCCCAAAAAACAUCCUGUUGCUAA